ACACCAACCCGCGAGUCCUUGAGUCCUUUCCGUUCCGAUUCCCCCGUAUAAAUCCCCGCGCCACCGUACCACGGGCUCCCGCAUCCAUCGUUCUCGCUCACUUCUCACAAACACAACAAAAAACAUCGUCGCAGACAAAAACAUCGUGCACGUUGGUUGCGUGUCAAUGGCGGCUCGUUGUCCGGUCGGUGUGGCCUCUGUGCUGCUGCUGAUCGUCUUGGUCACGGUGGCGUCCGCGGCGUCUGGCGCGCGAUCCGGCGGCGGCGGCGGCGGGGGCAUACGGGAGUUGCGGGGCGGCGGCGCGGGGAGGAGGGUGGGGGGAAGGACGGAGGUGAGGGACGUGGAGGGGGACAGGGAGGUGCAGGAGCUGGGGCGCUUCUCCGUCGAGGAGCACAACCGCCGGCGCCGCAGCCGGGACUGCGGCGACGUCCGGCUGGAGUUCGGCAGGGUGGUCGCCGCGCAGCGCCAGGUGGUGUCCGGGCUCAAGUACUACCUCCGCGUCGCCGCCGCCGAGGAGGGCGCCGCGGGUCAGAACGGCGGCGAGCCCCGCGUGUUCGACGCCGUCGUGGUGGUCAAGCCCUGGCUCGAGUCGCGCACGCUGCUCACGUUCGCCCCGGCCGCGGACUCGCCGAACGAGUCGUAGCACGCAGGCAGAGAGAGGCAAGGUCACACAGGACACAGCUGAGCUGGUGUAAGAAUAAAAAAUGUACCAAGUUUCAGGUGCAGUUGUGCACCGAACGGGGUACUCGUAUUCAGUAGAGAGUGAACAAAGUAAGUGUACGUGUGCGUGUUGCGGCAAUAGAUGUUCGAAGGCUUUUUGUGUAGAGAGACGGGAGAGAGUGGCAAUAAAGUACUAUACUUGUUCUACA